GUCAAAGUCAAACCAUUUUUGAAAUGAAAGAUAUGUGUUGUGUUGUUGAUACCUGGUAAAUUUUGGGUUAUGGUGCCACGUAAUUUAGAAGUAAUUUAUUAAAAAAAUAUGGGAAACUCUGAAAGUGUAGAUGUUCCCGGUGGCGGAACAGAUGGAUAUCACGUUCUUAAAGUCCAAGAAAAUUCUCCUGCCAGUCUUGCAGGACUUCAACCAUUCUUUGAUUUUAUUAUAUCUAUUAACGGCACCCGGCUAGAUCGAGAAAAUGAUACACUUAGGACGAUACUAAAAAACGGCGUAGGAAAGCAACUUCCACUAACCAUCUACAGUUAUAAAACUCAAAGUGUGAGGACUGUGACAGUAGUACCAAGUGACACAUGGGGAGGCCAAGGCUAUUUAGGAGUAAGCAUAAAAUUCUGUUCCUUUGAUGUUGCCAAAGAAAUCGUAUGGCACAUUCUGGAAGUACAUCCAAACUCACCAGCAUCUCUAGCAAAUCUUAGACCAUUUUCAGAUUACAUCAUAGGUGCAGAUUCUAUAUUACAUGAGAGUGAAGAUUUAUAUAAUUUAAUAGAGAAUCACGAUGGUGUUCCUUUGAAGUUUUAUGUGUAUAAUUCUGAUGAUGAUACUUGCAGAGAUGUAACUAUAACACCAAAUUCGAAGUGGGGUGGUGAUGGCAUGUUAGGCUGUGGUAUAGGUUAUGGAUAUUUACAUCGAAUUCCUGUAAGAGGCAGUGCGAUCCAACCUCCUCCCACUACAACUAUAUUUAAUCAAGUUCCAACAAUAUCACCAUCUAAUGACCAAUCUGUUAGUCCAGCUACCACUCAACCCAUUACAACUUUAAUUCAAAAAACAGAAAAUUUGAAUUUAGAGCCAACUGGACAAGCAGUCCAAGAAACUAAUGUUAGCAAUGUUUUAUCUACAGCUGCCAGCACUGUGCAACAGGACCCAUCAGUUUAUACUUCAAAUGUACCAGCUCCUUCAUCAAUUCCGAAUUUCAACAUGAAUUUCCAAAACCCUCCAGCGACUAGUGAUAUUCCAUCAUUUGAUGUGAAUAAAUUUUCUAAUCCUCAGAAUCCCGUAACUUCAGAGGCAAUGGUACAUCCUCAAGUCUCACUACAAUCUCCCCAACCUAUUAUUACUCCAACUAUGUAUAAUCCUGCUGAUUACCCGGCUUUUAGUCCAUCCCAGCCCCCCUUAACACAGACCACAGUUCCUGUGUACUCAUAUCCCCAAAUGCAAUCUAGUGGGGCUCCAACAAAUGUAUUACAUACCACAACUAAUUCUUCACUGCCUCCACCACCUCUGUCAGGCUUUCUGAACCAACCUAUUAUUUUUGAUCCUCAUAUAGCAGCACAAUCAGCUCAACAGUUGUUAAGUGGAACUGUAACUACAUCUUCUAGUUAAAAUGUGCAAUGGAAGAAUUAUUUAGUAAUACAUUUUUACAUGAUAUCUUAUAUUUUAUUGGACACUGAGGGGAACUUUUAACAGAAAUGCAGAGCUGAUGAUUCUUUUCAAUGUAUUGAAAGCUCUUGGUGGGAAACAUUUUCAAAAGAUAUCUGUCAAAUCACAAAACUGCAAAUAAUGGGCAUUUAUUGGAUAUGGAAUUGAUUUUUGAUUAUAACAUUCAUAUUAUGGAAAUAAAAGAUCAUGAAUUGA